GUCCGUUGUCUUCUGUAUUUCUUCUUCACCAUAGCGAACAAAAACACCUACGAGAAUCAAUCGACAGAGAGAUGGAGAAUGCACCAACUCAGGCUUCUUCUUUGGCCUCCGGAUUGCAGAUAAGCGAGGAGGUCGAACAAAGAUUCAACCUAGUUAAAAGUGUUGGCGAGCAAUGCACACAUGAUGAUGAGCUGAGGGAGCUUCUGGCUAAGAAGGCUGCUCCGGUUUGUUACGAUGGCUUUGAACCAUCAGGAAGGAUGCAUAUCGCUCAAGGACUGAUGAAGAUCAUGAGUGUGAACAAACUGACUUCUGCUGGUUGCCGAGUGAAGAUCUGGAUUGCAGAUUGGUUUGCGUAUAUGAACAACAAGCUGGGAGGUGAUUUGAAGAAAAUCAGGGUGGUUGGAGAAUAUUUCAAGGAGAUCUUUCAGGCUGCCGGGAUGAACUGUGAGAAUGUGGAGUUUUUAUGGUCAUCCGAAGAGAUUAAUGCUAGGGGAGAUGAGUACUGGCCUCUUGUCAUGGACAUUGCCUGCAGAAACAGUCUCGCCAAAAUAAAACGGUGUAUGCCUAUUAUGGGUCAUAGUGAGACCGAGGAGCUGAGUGCAGCUCACAUUCUGUACGUGUGUAUGCAAUGUGCCGACACUCUCUUCCUUGAGGCUGAUAUUUGCCAGCUUGGGAUGGAUCAGGAAACGGUUAAUCUGCUAGCGAGAGACUAUUGUGAUGACAUUAAUAGAGGAAACAGACCUGUCAUCUUGUCUCACCAUAUGCUUCGUGGUCUUCAACAAGGACAGACAAAGAUGUCUAAGAGUGAUCCUUCGUCUGUCAUCUUCAUGGAAGAUGAGGAGGCUGAAGUUAAUGUGAAGAUAAAGAAAGCCUACUGCCCUCCGGGUAUUGUGGAAGGUAACCCAUGCGUGGAGUACGUCAGAUACAUCAUUCUGCCCUGGUUCAAUGAAUUCACAGUAGAGCGAGACGAAAAGUAUGGUGGUAGCAAGACCUACAAAAGCUAUGAAGACAUUGUCACUGACUAUGAGAGCAAUGUGUUGCAUCCAAAGGAUCUAAAGGACGCUCUGUCGAAAGCAUUGAAUAAAAUACUGCAACCUGUCCGUGACCAUUUCAAAACCAACAGUCGUGCCAAGAAUCUGCUAAAACAGGUCAAGGGCUACAAAAUCACCAGAACGGCUCUAUCCAAGGAGAUGGAGGCUCUUUCCGUCAACGCACCAAACUCAGCAUCUUCAGCUGCCGGAUUACAGCUGAGCGAGGAGGUAGAGAAUAAAUACAAUAUUGUGAGGAGUAUUGGCGAGGAGUGCAUACAAGAGGAUGAGCUAAAGAACCUGUUAGCCAAGAAGCCCACUCCGAUCUGCUAUGAUGGAUUUGAACCAUCAGGAAGGAUGCACAUUGCCCAGGGAGUGAUGAAGGUCACCAAUGUGAACAAGUUGACAACAGCUGGUUGCCAAGUGAAAAUUUGGAUUGCAGAUUGGUUUGCUCAACUGAACAACAAGUUGGGAGGUGACUUGGAGAGAAUCAAAGUGGUUGGAGAAUACUUCAAGGAGAUUUGGCAAGCUGGUGGUAUGAACACUGACAAAGUAAGCUUUCUUUGGGCUUCAGACGAAAUUAAUGGUAGAGGCGGUAAGUAUUGGCCUCUUGUGAUGGACAUUGCUCGCAGAAACAACCUCCGUCGAAUCUUGAGGUGUGGGCAGAUUAUGGGACGUAGUGAGACAGAGGUGCUGAGUGCAGCGCAGAUUCUUUACCCUUGUAUGCAGUGUGCUGAUAUUUUCUUACUCGAGGCUGAUAUUUGCCAGCUGGGGAUGGAUCAGAGGAAAGUAAACAUGUUAGCAAGAGAAUACUGUGAUGACAUUAAGAGAAAGAACAAACCCAUCAUCUUGUCCCACCAUAUGCUUCCUGGUCUCCAACAAGGACAAGAGAAGAUGUCGAAAAGUAAUCCAUCAUCUGCCAUUUUUAUGGAAGAUGAGGAGGCUGAUGUUAAUGAGAAGAUCAGCAAAGCUUAUUGCCCAGCAAGAAUUGUGGAAGGCAAUCCAUGUCUUGAAUACGUCAAAUACUUAGUUCUACCACGAUUUAAUGAGUUCACGGUUGAAACUGAUGGCGGUAACAAGACCUUCAAAAGCUUUGAAGAUAUUGUUGCUGACUACGAGAACGGCGCGUUGGCUCCUGAAGAUCUGAAGAAAGCCUUGGUGAAAGCACUGAAUAUAAUGCUGCAACCUGUUCGUGACCAUUUCAAAACCAACGAUCGCGCCAAAAAUCUACUGGAACAGGUCAAGGCUUUUAGAGUCACCAGGUGAAGAUGCAAAACGCAGAGAAGCAAACUUGUGUUCAUCGUUACAAACUUUCUUAAGAACUUCGGUUACUUGCAAUUCUAUUUUGUCCUGUUUUUGUUUUUGAAAAGAGCUGAUAUUGGUGAUUAAGAAAUCAAGCAGAGAAGAAUUUUAAAACUAUAAUGAUAAGUGAAAAAGGACUAGAGUUUUUUAUA